UUGGACCGGGGUCAAUAGGUCAGUGGGCUGACUCGAUGCCAGGUGGACUCGAGGUUUAAUCCUAAGAAAAUAAUUACCAUAAACAUGCACAAACAUGCAUGCAGACCCAGAUUGGUUGACAUUGCUGACGACCGACGGUGAUCAUGAUUCAGGAUCAUCGCAGUUCGAAAGUUCAUGGCUGUAAAAGGUCAAUAUAUAGGCUUCACUUGUUCGUCUUCCAUUCGUCACUACCACUGCUGCCGGCUGUACAUCUUGUCAGAAACAGGGUUGUUCCAAAGAAAACAUUAAGUGUAUUGCGAUGGCGAUCACUCGACUGGCACUGCUGAUGACAGUCACCUUGGUGUUGCUACCCGGGGCUGAAGGCCAACAUUCUGACUUCAGACAGCAAAGGCGCGCUGCCUUUAGAAUGCAACUUGGGAGACUCCGAGACAUGCACAAACAACUGAAUGCCAAAGUUAAUGCCCUUGAAGGAAAGCUCCAAACAAUUAACAACAACUUAAUAUCCACAAUUAGUGUCGCUGAAGGUAGACUUCAGACCAAAGAGAACAACUUGCAAUCUGCUGUGAAUGCACUUCAAGGGAGCGUGCAAGCCAUGAGCUCAAAGAUCGCUCUCCUUGACCAAAUAGUAUACUUCAUGGCUACAUUUGCUGCCCCUUCACUAACCGUUGGAGGCGGCACGGUGGUGUUCAACAAAGUCCUGAUGAACACCGGCAGCGCUUACAACCCUACCACCGGGGUCUUCACUGCACCUCGCCGAGGUCUCUACGUCUUCCUGGUCCAGACCUUCACCAACGGAAAGGGCAAUCCAAACUGGGAUUUGUAUGUCAAUGGACAGAUGGUGCUGCGGUCGGAGUCGAUGUCUGUGAGUUCCACCAGCAACGAGUACGUGUACCCGCUGACCCUACAGACUGGAGACAAAGUUUCAGUCUACAGCCGCAAUCCACUCAGCUCCUGGGGAACUAUUCAUAGCUUCUUCGGGGGCUGGCUCAUCAGGGCUUUUUGAAUUUAAAAAGAAGAAUACGAAUAAUUUAUUUUGUUAGUCCCUUACGUCCCUAGAUGGAAAAUAUACUUAGUGUAGAAACAAACCUCUGUAGUUAGAGAAAAAGUUGAAAAGGCCAAAUCAGGAGUUUCGAAGUUUACAUAUGUGUAUGUCACUAGUUUUACGAUAUAUAUAUAUGUAUGUUACUGUCUGAUACGCCUAUGUUCUUGAAAAUACUAUGGAAAAACCAACUUUGACAGGAAAAAAGCUGGUAUGUAUCUGUAUCUUGCAGAUUUUUGGUAAAAAAAGCAAACAUUGAAAUGCUUACAGCAGUACAACUUGAUUGUGUCCCAGGCUUGUGUUGUUAGGUUCACUCUUAAAUGUUAUGUUGUCGCCGACUCUCCUGUCAGACAAUUUUGAGUAUUUCUAUUCAACGUUUUUACAUGCACUUGGUGAAAGUAUUCAGUGACAUAAGUCUGCUUAUCCUAAAUACUUCAAUAAAUCAGCUUAAAAAUUAA